CAAGGAAAAUGCAAAAUCGCUGUCUCCUUCACACUUCGAUCAAACCAUCAUCGAACCCAGAAGAAAGACCAAAAGUGUUCCUGUAGCCCUGUAGGAAGCGGCUAACUUUCAGCUACAAGAAGCUCUGUUUUCUUGAAAAUGGAGAAAACACUGAGAUGUGUUCGGUGGGGUUAUGAGGUUAAUACCUCUUCUGAUGAUUGCAUCGACGCAAUUAACUCUUAUUUUCAACAGGUUCUUAGUUAUGGGAGGAAGAGGAAAGUGAUUCUAGAAGCACCACUCUACGAUAAUGAUUGUGUUUUGGGCAACAUUUUAGCUGCUCAUUACCUUUCUUCAUCUGAUCCUUCCAGAGCUAAUUCCUACGUUGAAGCUGCGGCAUCUAAUCUCGAACAAUCUACACCUUAUGAGCAAGCGGUUUACGAGGCUGUUACUUACCUGAUCUCCGAGGACAGGGAUGACGACUUGGCUUUUGAAAUGCACACCAAGCUACUUAAUAGAUUCCCAAAGGACCUUGCCUCUUUGAAGAGAGCACAGCUUUUAUGUUUCUACAUGGGUCAACCUGAGCCCUUUUUGGGUCUUGUUCAGCAGGUUCUACCUGCGAAUCAAGAAGAAAGUUAUAUUCAUGGUAUACUUGCGUUCCCAUUGUUAGAACUUGGUCGAAUGGAAGAAGCUGCGGCAGCUUCCAAAAAAGGCUAUGAGAUAAACAAAGAAGACUCCUGGGCACAUCACUGUUUGUGUCAUGUUCUUCAACAUGAAUGUCGGUUUAAAGAAGCAGUGGAGUUCAUGGAAGCGCUCGCAGGAUCUUGGCCUUCUUGCUCAUCCUUCAUGUAUACACACAACUGGUGGCAUGUUGCUCUUUGUUACUUAGAAGGAGGGUCACCAAUGAGUAAAGUAGAGGAGAUUUAUGAUCAUCACAUCUGGAAAGAAUUGGAGAAAGACGACGCUGUUCCUCCUGAAGUUUAUCUCAAUGCGCUGGGAUUGUUGCUACGUUUAGAUGUAAGAGAUGCUCUUGAUGGUUUUGAAGACCGUCUCAAAAACCUUGCAGUUCGUUUAACUAAUCAGGCAAACUGGUAUUUGGAGUGGCACCUUGAUAUAUUGAUAGUUUGGGCAUUAGCAAAGGUUGGAGAGACUUCAAGAGCUCAUGAAUUACUUGAGGGUCUUAAGUCCCGAUUAUCAAGGAUGAAUAAAAAAAAACAACAAGUGAUGCAGAAAGGGAUUCAGCUCGGGGAAGCUGUGUUUGAAUUCGCAAGGGGUAACUACGAAAAGGCUUUAGAACUAUUCGGUUCAGAGUUCAACGCCAUUGGUUACAAGAUCGUCGGGGCAUCAGAUGAACAGAUAGAUGUUUUCAACGAAAUGUGGUGCCAGCUGCUGCUAAAGACAGGCCAAUCCUCCACUGCCAAAGAAGUGAUCAGAGAGAGGAUAAAGAUCAGAGAUGGUGUUCCUUUCAUGUGGCGUUUGCUGGAGAAGAGUUACUCCAUGGAAGGCAAUGCAGAGGCUGAGAGUAGUGCAGGAGAGAGAGCUAAGAAACUAGAAUCUUGUUAUUUCUAACUCAAAAUAAUGACAUGAAGUGUGUGUAUAAUUACAUGUUUUUAAUAAACUAUAGAGUAAAAUCGUUUUCCAUAUAUUUUUUUUUUUUGU